CGGGGCCGGGCUGCCAGCGCGCGGCGGCGGCGGGGUCGCCCGGGGCAGAGAGCGCAGGGAGGCAAAGAGGGACUGCUGACUGGAGCGGCAUGGAGGACCCCUCGGCGCCCGGGGCUGGGAGCCCGCCAACCAAUGGCAACGGCAACGGCGGCGGGAAAGGGAAGCCGGCGGCGCCUAAGGGCCGGGAAGCAUUCAGAAGCCAACGGCGGGAGUCGGAGGGCUCUGUGGACUGCCCCACCCUGGAAUUUGAGUAUGGAGACGCAGAUGGGCACGCAGCAGAGUUGUCAGAAUUGUACAGCUACACCGAAAACCCAGAAUUUACCACUAACAGGAGGUGCUUUGAAGAGGAUUUCAAGACCCAAGUGCAGGGUGAGGAGUGGCUGGAGUUGGAGGAAGAUGCCCAGAAGGCCUAUGUGAUGGGACUCCUAGACCGGCUGGAGGUGGUCAGUAGGGAACGGAGACUGAAGGUGGCCCGAGCUGUUCUCUACCUGGCCCAAGGCACUUUUGGGGAAUGUGACUCAGAGGUCGAUGUGCUCCACUGGUCCAGGUACAACUGCUUCCUGCUCUAUCAGAUGGGGACCUUCUCAGCCUUCCUGGAGCUACUCCACAUGGAAAUCGACAACAGCCAGGCCUGUAGUAGUGCUCUUCGGAAGCCAGCCAUCUCCAUUGCUGACAGCACAGAACUCAGGGUGCUGCUGAAUGUCCUGUACCUAAUGGUGGAAAAUAUCCGCCUGGAGCGAGAGACAGACUCCUGUGGGUGGAGGACAGCCCGGGAGACCUUCCGCACCGAAUUGAGCUUCUCCACGCACAAUCAGGAGCCUUUUGCCCUUCUGCUUUUCUCUAUGGUCACCAAGUUCUGCAGUGGCCUGGCUCCGCACUUCCCCAUAAAGAAGGUCCUGCUUCUGCUCUGGAAAGUAGUCAUGUUUACCCUCGGUGGAUUUGAGCAUCUGCAGGCUCUCAAAGUACAGAAGCGGGCGGAACUGGGCCUGCCUCCACUGGCAGAGGACAGUAUCCAGGUGGUGAAGAGCAUGCGGGCUGCCUCCCCGCCCUCCUACACCCUCGACCUGGGGGAGUCUCAGCUGGCACCUCCACCCUCCAAACUGCGAGGCCGCCGUGGUUCUCGAAGGCAACUCCUUACUAAGCAGGACAGCUUGGACAUCUACAACGAAAGAGAUCUCUUUAAGACUGAAGAACCAGCCACAGAGGAGGAAGAGGAAUCUGCCAGCGAUGGAGAACGCACUUUGGAUGGAGAGUUAGACCUGCUAGAGCAGGACCCUCUAGUACCCCCUCCACCCUCACAGGCACCCCUCUCUGCUGAGCGCGUGGCCUUUCCCAAGGGCCUACCUUGGACCCCAAAGGUCAGACAGAAGGACAUUGAGCACUUCUUGGAGAUGAGUAGGAACAAGUUCAUCGGAUUCACUCUGGGGCAGGAUACAGAUACUUUGGUUGGAUUACCCAGGCCCAUCCACGAGAGUGUGAAGACCCUCAAGCAGCACAAGUACGUCUCCAUCGCAGAUGUUCAGAUCAAGAAUGAGGAGGAGCUGGAGAAGUGCCCCAUGUCUUUGGGGGAAGAGGUGGUACCAGAGACGCCAUGUGAAAUCCUCUACCAGGGCAUGCUGUAUAGCCUCCCCCAGUACAUGAUUGCUCUGCUUAAGAUUCUACUGGCUGCAGCCCCCACCUCCAAGGCUAAGACAGACUCUAUCAAUAUCCUGGCAGACGUCCUGCCUGAGGAGAUGCCCAUCACUGUUCUCCAAAGCAUGAAGCUGGGCAUCGAUGUGAACAGGCACAAGGAGAUCAUUGUAAAGAGCAUCUCUGCCCUGCUCCUGCUGCUCCUCAAACACUUCAAACUGAACCACAUCUACCAGUUUGAAUAUGUAUCACAACAUUUGGUAUUUGCCAACUGCAUCCCAUUGAUCCUGAAGUUCUUCAAUCAAAAUAUCUUGUCCUACAUCACUGCCAAAAACGGCAUCUCGGUCCUGGAUUACCCAUGCUGUACCAUCCAGGAUUUGCCGGAGCUUACUACAGAGAGCCUGGAAGCUGGAGACAACAACCAAUUCUGCUGGAGAAACCUCUUUUCCUGCAUCAAUCUCCUGAGGCUGCUCAAUAAACUGACCAAAUGGAAGCAUUCGAGAACCAUGAUGCUGGUAGUAUUUAAAUCUGCUCCAAUCUUAAAGCGGGCCCUCAAGGUCAAACAGGCCAUGCUGCAACUUUAUGUGCUGAAGCUGCUGAAAAUACAGACCAAGUACCUGGGGCGCCAGUGGAGGAAAAGCAACAUGAAAACCAUGUCAGCCAUUUAUCAGAAAGUACGCCACCGCAUGAAUGAUGACUGGGCUUACGGGAACGACAUUGAUGCCAGGCCAUGGGACUUCCAAGCGGAAGAAUGCACCUUGAGGGCCAAUAUUGAAGCUUUUAACAGCCGCCGGUAUGACAGACCCCAGGACUCUGAGUUUUCACCUGUGGAUAACUGCUUGCAGAGUGUGCUGGGGCAGAGGUUGGAUCUGCCUGAGGAUUUCCACUAUUCCUAUGAGCUCUGGCUGGAGAGAGAGGUGUUUUCACAGCCCAUCUGUUGGGAGGAGCUGCUCCAGAAUCACUGACUGAGCUCUUGUCAACAAGCAUCUGAUAGGUGGGGGUUGGCUCCAAUAAAUGGUGCUCUGCCAACCCUGCCAACUCAGCCUUUGUUUCCAGCCCUGGGAGUGCUUGUUCAGGGUAGAGCUGGCCUAGCCUUAGGACACCCAGCGUGGUUCAGGACUGAUCUGGGGACAGUUAGGCCUGGAGAUAGUAGAAGGCUGGGAUCUUGGGUGAUUUAAAAAAAACUGAUUUCCUUGCCCUGGGGUCACUUGGGUGCCCUUGAAAUCUCCUACUGGAUCAGUCCUGGCCAGGCUCUUAUGUGGGACCGCUCCCUCCUUUAGUCUUGCCUAGAACCAGGCUAGCCUCUACUGGCCCCAAGAGUGGGAAUAAGUUUAUUAUGGCAUUUAACUUAUAGCAUUCAUCAUAGGUAAUAGGAACUGCAGGUCAUAAUAGAGAGGACGUUUUCUUCUUGCUCACCCUGGAUUACCAGAGGGUUUGCAAACCUAACAUUAAAAUUAAGUCUGUAUUUUAAAAGUUAAAAUUUUGACACCUCUUUCUGAAAUUCGCUCUAAGAUGAUUUUUAGAGCACCUGCGUCUUCUCUGUGAAGGAUGAUGGUUUACUGUUACAUAAAUACUGCAUGUUAGAGAAAAGUAUAUCAUUUAAAGUGUUUUUUCUUUAUUCCUUUAGAGAUCUAUGUUCAAAGUGAAAUUUCUUUGUGUACUCUAUGUACGGCAUGGAGUGAUCUGCCACAAACCAAUAUGAAACAGUCAGGCCUCCUCCAAGGAUGUUUCAUGUGUUUCUGAAACCACUUCAGUCUUAAAAUGACUGAGUACAUUGCAGAAAAUUAUCCUUUUCACCCAGUUCAUUUUUAAAUGAUAAGUUAACUAUAGGAGGUUUUAUUUAUUGAGAUGACAUGUCCAUUAGUGCUCAUGAUCGAUUUACAGGAGGUUUUAUUUAUUGAGAUGACAUGUCCAUUAGUGCUCAUGAUUGAUUUAUUUUUUAAUGAAAUAGAACACCAAGAGCAUCACAGCUUACCAUUUUUCUUUUUCUCCUAUGUUGAUUAGUGAUUUUGUACCCCCCUUUUCAAAGUGUCCUGUGGAUAUUUAGCAAUUCUGUUUCUACCUAGAAGUAUUACACAUUUCUUUGAAAGUGUAAGGGUUCAUGUACCAACCUCUUUAAACUUCUCUCUCUUACAGCAGAAUCACAUGCUUCCCAACUGAAACAGUUUUUAGGAAAGUUUCUGAUUCAGUCAGGAUCAUCUUAUUUCUCUUCUGUCCUCAAAGUUAUGGCAUCUGUAGUUUCAAGCUUUUUUACUUUAAAUGCCGCCUCCCUGCAGCAAGGACACUAC